AUGGGAUCGACGCGUCCAGCGCUCGGCGCGCACAAUUCCCCGGCGCUGGCCCCAUCUGCACAGGAACCCAUCAAAUCGCAGCCCCGACUCCAACCCUCACCGCUACCACUGCAACCCAUUGAAAACCCAUUCCAUCCGUCUGGCCCGCACAGGCCAUCGCCGACAAAAGGCUUUCCUGUCCACGGCGCGCAUCCGGGACGCAAACUCGGUUUUGUUCCCAUCUCCGCUCCCGCUCCUCCCAUGUUCACCACCGACUCCCCGGCCAAGAAACCGCCUUUCCCCAUAUACGCCCAGUCCUCUAUGCCGCCGCAGUCGGCUCUCUUCACUACCUUUUCCAGUGUCAAUCCCGAAUCAUCAAAGGAGAACGUACGCCCGGAAGAUUCUCUCAAUGGCAGCUUUGCCGACUUCCCUGAACCGUCCUAUGAUUCCAAGCUUCCCAUGAAGCGCACACUGAUGGACGCUGCCCCGCUCAAGGAACGCUCAGUCAAAAAGCAAAAGCGCGAAGACGCGCCGCUUCAUCACCUCCCGGAACCUCAUGAGAUGCCGCCUAUCGAGGACGACGGCACGAAGCCGCCGUACAGUUAUGCGACUCUGAUCGGCAUGUCGAUUCUGCGCGCGCCCAACCGCCGUCUAACUCUGGCCCAGAUCUAUAAAUGGAUUUCCGAUACGUUUUCUUACUACAAGCACAGCGAUCCGGGCUGGCAGAAUAGCAUUCGGCACAACCUCAGUCUGAACAAGGCAUUCAUCAAACAAGAACGACCGAAGGAUGAUCCGGGCAAGGGCAAUUACUGGGUCAUUGAGCCAGGGAUGGAAUUGCAAUUCCUCAAGGACAAGCAAGUUCGUCGUGCCACGAUGUCCAGCUUGCCCCUCCCCGCAGUACCCCAGAGAGAUCUCGCCCCUCAACCCCAGAGUGCAAGUACGACGACGUGGAUGGUACCACCACCUCCCGCGCGACAACUUCCACCACCACCAAAAGCCUCGCACAACGACGAUCUUUCUUCUGAUGCCACCUUGCCUGCGUCCGAUCCCGCCUUGCAGGAGGAUGCAAGUGACGAGGCCAUUCGAUCCUCUCCUCCCAUCGCUCCUCCUCGGUUCUCUCGUCAAGGCACUCCUCCCACGCCAACUCAUCAACCUGGCCCUACUCCUGCUCAACGUCCUCGCAAGCGCAAGUCCAUCACCAUGAACGACAGUGGCUACUUCUCCUCCCUUGAAUCCUCGGCCAUGCGUCCCAACAAGGCUGGCCACAUCCUUACCUCUGAUCUUGACAUCGAGCCGCCUCGUAUCAAGCGUGGUCGCGCGGAAGAAGAGAUUGCUCGAAUUCGCAGCUCGUCGCAUGAUGUUAGUCCUGGACAACCUCCUGCCCGGAAGGAUGCCAGCGCCAUCGUUGGAUCUUCACCUCUGCGUGGAGGAUACGUCAGCAUGCUCCCUCCGCCAUUAACACCCAUAAUCAAAUUCAAGAAACCGGCGAAGCCCCCACCGUCGGUCUCUCCUAAUACCAACCUUCGCAACCACCGACGCAAAAUUCAGCAAAUGGUCAACUCCCCGAUUAAGCAUCUGGGUCUUGCUGAAGAUGACCUCCCUUGGAGCCCGGCCUUCAACCUCCAUGACGAGAGCUAUACUCCACAUGACCACUUCCACACUACCUUUGAUGUCUUCGCCGACGCCCACACACUGCAUGUUUCCCCAGCUGCCUGUGGCUCACCGGAGAAACGCUCCGUCAAGCGACAGCGUACCGAUAAUAGCAAUGCAUUAACCGAUAUCACCUCGGUGAAUGUCAACACCCGACUCGGCAUGCCUCCCCUUGCGCGAUCUAAAUCAGCUAUCUUCCCGGAAUCACCUUCAAAGCUCCCGGAGACUGGACGACUGGGCGAAACAAGCCAAGACGACUUCUUCUCCUUCCACCUCUUUGACGAGAGCAAUAACAGUCCCGAUGAAGUUGACGGCGUCGAUUUACUUCAGGGGUUUCAAAAAAUCGGAGGUACUACAAAGGACGAUUCGCUUAAACCGAAGGCUUUGUAUUCGCGACCUCACCUCACUAGUCGCAGCAACACCUCCUUGUUCUGA